GUUUAGAGGGAGAUGUCAAAGAUGAAUAGGAGAAUCCUAUUUGGUAGCCAAGGAUGACUUGCCUACUUCUUUAAUUACGAAGUAAAAUGGUCACGGUAUCAUGUUUGAGAAUAUCAAUUAGUGACCAUUUUGCGUAGAAAAAGAUAUUAGGCAGUCUCCUUGGCUAUCCUCAUAUGUUCUUCUUUCUCAUCCCAGACAAUUACCCUCAUCCAUAUAAGAAGACACGACAUGAAAAAAUCAGGGAACGAUAAUGUUGCUGACAUUAUAUUGUAUAUAUAUAUAUAUUUUAUACAUCACUAUUAUAUAUGAUGUAAUACACCAUAUAUACACACACAUAUACCUAUAAUUAUUUUUUAAACAAAGAAAUGACAGAAAAUAAGAUGAACAUAUAAUUAUUAUCCAAAAGGUUAUUGAAAAUAAGCUUUUGAGAUACAUUUCAAUAAGCUUUUGAGACACUAAAUGUUUUUAUAAAAGGUCACUGGAAUUGAAAUUUCAUGUGACGACUACAGAAUUUGACAUUGGUUUGACUUUGGUCUAAAACAACUUAUGGUUACCAAGAAUAUAUAUUGCAAUGUCUUCUUAAGAAAAACUAACUAAAAUUGAGUUACAGUAAUGAAAGAUUUUCAAUCAAAUCCUCUUCGAAUAUUGAAAGCUCGCAUUUUACAGUAAUGAAAGAUUUCUAUCAUCUAGUCUGAUUUUCCGGUUGUUACAUGGUAUUUCAAAGUAAAGAAAUUAAAAACGUGUUUGUCCAAUCUAAUUAAGAGAAAUUUGCGCUCCUACCAAAGAAGUUUGCCAUAAUUUGCAAAAUACCAAAGAGAAAAAAGACACAUUACUGUACACAAACAAAAUAACUCUAUUAUCCUUUUUUGAAUUCUCCUUUCACCUGACCAACUCCAGCGGGCAGCCACAUGUUUCGACGGAAGAGUAAGAGAUACACAAGAUAUUCUAUAUCUUUAAUUUUUUUUGUCAGAGAUAAAUAUCCAAAGACCAAAUCCAGUCAGCUGAAAUGUCAAGUGGAUAGGAUAUUUUGGUCAUUUUCACAGCAGUUUUUUUGCCACGUACACUUCUCCUUUCCCCGUUUUGAUCAAAAAAUGAGCUACGAGAAGGUCCCGCCCCAAACGUAUCCUCCUCCAGGUUACCAAUCUCAGUAUCCUCCACCUCCGGUAUAUCCUCCGUCACACCACCACGAAGGAUAUCCUCAACAGCCACAUGGAUAUCCAUCGUAUCCACCACCAAAACCUCCUUCCCGUCCUCCUUACGAAGGCGCCUAUCAGGAGUAUUUCUCCGGAGGCUUUCCUCCUCAUCCUCCUCCUCCGCCUCCACCGCAGCAAUAUAACCAUUGCCAUCAUGAUCAUCACUAUUACCAGGACUCCAACUCUGGUUGCACCUCUUUCCUCCGUGGCUGUUUUGCUGCUCUCUGUUGCUGCUGUCUGUUAGACGAUUGCUUCGUCUAAGAUUGGAGAGUUUUACUCAAUUUUCAUUAUAAAAACUUAUAUGAUUUGGUCUAUGUUUCUUUCUCUUAAGCUGUCAAUGUGUACUUAAAAAGACCACUGCAUUGGGUGUUGGAAUGAGCUUACAAAGCCAUGGUACCGAUGGAAGCCAUAGGUUAAUGGCAUUCAUUUAUAGUUUGUGUGAUUUAUUUGAAGACAAAGAAGCUUGAGUAUUGAUAACGACUUUAAUCUACACCAUAAAACGUUUAAAAGUUUAGCAAACAAUAUAAUCGUAAUAAGUUGAUCACCUAUACUAUACUCUUAGUACAAAUUAGAUUAAAGAAAUCUGCUCAUUCUGAACCAUA